UAGCAAUCAGUGUCCCCUCUCUCGUCAUCGCUUUCUUCAUUCCAAUCCCCUUUGGUGUGCAUCAUACCUCCCUGAUUUCAUCCUGUUGUGAAUUGGCAUAUCCUUGGCCACGGAGCCGCCACCAGCUCCAUCUCAUACUCCCCCUCCCAUUCUCGGGGUUCUGAGGUCAUUCCUUAAUGCUCGCAAGGUCCUCGACUGUCACUGGACGUCCUUGGUUGUGUUACAAAGGCCUGGGUUGCAAUCCAUCUGCACGCUCAUAUUUGCUAUUUCACAUCUCAUCCGUGACUCGCUCCAGCUCUUUGACCGCCCCGGUUCAUUCAUCCAAGCACCGUUGGGCCCGCUCAUUCUCCCACUCCUCCUCCCCGAUCCUUUCUGCCAACUCUCCAAUCAUGACUCAGAUCGAACGCAUUACAGAGAAUCUGGAAAAGCCUGAGCUGGAUGACCGGUCCUACCGGGUCAUUCGUCUGCCGAAUCAGCUCGAGGCUCUUCUAGUGCAUGACCCCGAUACCGACAAGGCGAGUGCCGCGGUUAAUGUCAAUGUGGGCAACUUUUCCGAUCAAGAUGAUAUGCCAGGGAUGGCUCAUGCAGUCGAGCAUUUGUUGUUUAUGGGAACGAAAAAGUACCCCAAGGAGAAUGCCUACAAUCAGUAUCUAGCCGCCCACUCUGGCUCGUCAAAUGCAUACACGGCUGCCACCGAGACGAAUUAUUUCUUUGAGGUAUCGGCUACCGGCGACUCUAGUGCCCCCAAGUCUACAGGACAGAACACCCCCACCGAAUCUGCAAAUGGCACCAAUGGGAUCUCCUGCGAGACCUCAUCGACAAUCGCUGCAGAUUCAGAGGGAAAAUCGCCUUUGUAUGGGGCUCUUGAUCGAUUUGCCCAGUUCUUUGUGUCCCCGCUUUUCCUAGAGUCGACAUUAGAUCGUGAAUUGCGAGCCGUAGACUCGGAGAACAAGAAGAAUCUGCAGAGCGACCUCUGGCGGUUGAUGCAACUGAACAAGUCGCUCUCCAAUCCCAAACACCCGUACCAUCAUUUCUCCACCGGUAACUUGCAGACCUUGAAGGAAGAUCCGCAGAAACGCGGUCUCGAGGUUCGCAGCGAGUUCAUUCGGUUCUAUGAGAAGCACUACUCGGCCAAUCGGGCGAAGCUGGUAGUCCUGGGCCGAGAGACCCUGGAUGUGCUCGAGCAGUGGGUGUGGGAACUGUUUGCGGACGUUGAGAACAAGAACCUGCCCCAGAACCGCUGGGAUGAUGUCCAACCUUUCUCUGAGGAAGAUAUGUGCACUCAGGUGUUUGCCAAGCCCGUCAUGGACUCGCGCUCUAUGGAUAUGUACUUUCCCUUUUUGGAUGAGGAGAAUCUGAAUGAUACCCAGCCUAGCCGGUAUAUCAGCCAUCUGAUCGGCCAUGAAGGCCCGGGCAGUGUGCUUUCUGACCUCAAGGCAAAGGGCUGGGCAAAUGGACUAUCCGCAGGCGCUAUGCCUAUCUGCCCUGGAUCGGCUUUCUUUACCAUCUCCGUGCGACUGACUCCCGAGGGUCUGAAGCAGUACCAGGAAGUCGCCAAGGUGAUUUUCGAGUACAUUGCGAUGAUCAAGGAGCGCGAGCCGGAGCAGUGGAUAUUUGACGAAAUGAAGAACCUGGCCGAGGUGGACUUCCGGUUCAAGCAGAAGACCCCUGCCAGUCGCUUUACCAGCCGCCUGAGCAGCGUUAUGCAGAAGCCCAUGCCUCGCGAGUGGCUGCUCAGUGGAGCUCUGCUGCGCCGUUUCGACGCGGAUAUCAUCAAGAAGGCCAUGUCCUAUCUCCGUGCUGACAACUUCCGUCUCAUCAUCGUGUCUCAGGAUUACCCUGGCCAGUGGGACCAGAAGGAGAAGUGGUACGGUACUGAGUACAAGGUUGAGAAGAUCCCUCAGGACUUCUUGAGCGGCAUUCAAACGGCUUUGCAGUCCACUGAGGCCACUCGCACCUCCAAUGUGCACAUGCCUCAUAAGAACGAGUUUGUGCCGACCCGCUUGUCUGUUGAGACCAAGGAGGUUGCCGAGCCCGCAAAGACACCCAAAUUGAUCCGGCAUGAUGACCGUGUUCGCUUGUGGUUCAAGAAGGAUGAUCGUUUCUGGGUGCCCAAGGGUACUAUCCAUGUGACUCUGCGUAAUCCCCUGGUGUGGGCGACACCCGCCAACCUCAUCAAGACGAAGCUCUACUGCGAGUUGGUCCGUGACAGUCUGGACGAGUACUCGUAUGAUGCCGAGCUUGCUGGAUUGGACUACCACCUUGCGGCCAACAUUCUUGGCCUGGAUAUCUCUGUUGGCGGCUACAAUGAUAAGAUGUCUGUGCUUUUGGAGAAAGUGUUGAACACCAUGCGGGGUCUGGUUGUCAACCAAGACCGGUUCAACAUCAUCAAGGAGCGCCUGACUCGGGCGUUCCGUAACGCCGAGUAUCAGCAGCCCUUCUACCAAGUCGGUGACUACACUCGGUACCUGCUGUCUGAGCGCAGCUGGGUCAAUGAGCAGUACAUUGAAGAGUUGGAGCACAUCCAAGCCGAGGAUGUGAUCAACUUCUUCCCACAACUGCUCGAGCAGACUCACAUCGAAGUCCUUGCUCAUGGUAACUUGUACAAAGAAGAUGCUCUGCGCAUGACGGAUAUGAUUGAGAAGACUCUGGAGGGUCGUGCCCUGCCACCCUCGCAGUGGUAUCUGCGCCGCAACAUGGUCAUCCCCUCGGGUAGCAACUAUGUCUACCCGCGGACUCUCAAGGACCCGGCCAAUGUCAACCACUGUAUCGAGUACUAUCUUUAUAUCGGCUUCUUCUCCGAUGAUUCUCUCCGCGCCAAACUGCAGCUGUUCUCUCAACUGACGGACGAGCCUGCAUUCGACCAGCUCCGUAGCAAGGAGCAGCUUGGUUAUGUCGUAUGGAGUGGUUCCCGCUACAAUGCAACCACCAUGGGCUACCGGGUGAUCAUCCAGAGUGAGCGCACUGCUCAGUACCUGGAAUCUCGCAUCGAAGCCUUCCUCCGCGAGUUUGGAACUACGCUGGAGAACAUGCCCGACGAUGAGUUCGAGGGCCACAAGCGCAGUGUGAUCAACAAGCGUCUGGAGAAGCUCAAGAACCUGGGCUCCGAGACUAGUCGCUACUGGUCCCACGUUGGAUCGGAGUACUUUGACUUCUUACAACAUGAGACUGAUGCCGCCAAUGUGCGCUCGCUGAGCAAGGCAGACCUGAUUGCCUUCUACAAGCAGUUCAUUGACCCGUCGUCCACGACUCGUGCUAAGCUGGCUAUUCACCUGAAUGCGCAAUCCGGUGCAAGCCCUGCGGAUGGCGAUGCCUCGCAGAAGCGGUCUCGCCUGAUUGAGUUGGUCAAGAAGCAGCUUGACGCUGCUGGAUUCGCUGCGGACAAUGACAUUCUGACUUCCGCGUUCGAACAACUGGAUAUGGCGGUCGUUGACCGUUCCCAGAUUCUGUACAUUGUCAAGACUUUCCUGGCCACGGAGCUAACCUUGUCAUCUGAGCAAAUUGCCGUGGUAACCGAAAAGUUCGAGGAGAACCUUGGUGUUCAAUUGAAGCAGCUUGGAUUGGAGCCGGAGACUAAGGAGCAAACCAACCGGACCAACGGCACCUCAACCACCAGCCCCAAGGAAGCUACCGUCAUCACGGACGUGUCUACCUUCAAGGCUCGUCUGCCUGUCAGCACCGGUCCCGUGCCUGUGUCUGAUCUUACUGAGUUUGAGGACUUUGAUGCCAAGCUGUGAAUUAUCUGCAUGUGUUAAUCUUUCUAUCCAAAGCGAGUUGGGUAUGUUGUUUGGAUCUUGGAGCUUGGGCCUCGGAUUUGGAUAAAAUAUCACGAGAGGUGUGGAGUUGAGUGUAGAGAGGUAUGGCUUUGGAAUUGGGAUAUACGCUGUAAUCAAUCACAUUUACUUAACCCAUUUAACCAAUCAACCACAACAUCAUCAGUUA